GACUCCGAUGAGCUGCUGAGUAACUCACCGGCACUCAUGUUUGCUCCACUGUCCUCUUUCACGAUCUUGGGACACACCGCAUCACGCGAACUCAACCACUUGAUCCUCUGGCAGCUUCGACUCUCUGGCUCGGUCGAACUGUGCCACGGACUCUGAUGCUGUGCUGCUUCACUCUUAUUGCCAUCUCUGCCUCGCUUGAUGUGCCGACUGUCAUCGCUCUGCCGUCUGCUUGUUCCCCUGGUUCGAGGUCGCUGUUGCUCUCCAAUCGCCAUCUUCAAGUUCACGCCUUGAUCUCCAGGCUGAGUACUAGACUUUGUUCCUGCUCUGCAUCUUCCUCGCAUGUAUCAUACGUGAUGGGUAUACCCGAGUAAGAUAUG